AUGAGUCCAACACUAGUCAUUCAAUAUUGGUACGUAAGGAAUCGCUUCAAUUCUGAGAACCUGGUAGACUUGAUAGAAUGCGUGAGCUGUGCUGUGCCGUAUGCUCUGAUCUUUCUCAAACUGGUCACCUUCUGGAAUAAACGCAGAGUAUUUAAAACCAUUCUAAUCGCAAUGGAUGCUGAUUGGGAUAACACUUCCAUUACGAAAGACCUCAUGGCAGAGAAAGUUAAAUUGUCGACUCGCUGCUCCCAAUUGGUACUGAGCAUAUAUGUUUUCGCAGUGUUCACAUACAGUCUUGUGUACAUCAACGGCAUUCGUAGUACCGGUUACAAUAACAUUUCUGCAGAGUCUGCGGAAUUGUUAAUCAAAAUGGAACUUCCAUCGGUAGCUUACGAAAGCCUGAAUUUCCAAUACGUAAUAAUCGCCCAAAUUUGCCAAUUAUUAUUGGUCGCUUUUGCCAUAGCUACCAUGGACUCUCUACUGAUUACGCUGAUAUUACACGUUGGAGGGCAGAUAGAAGUGAUACAUCAAGUUUUAGCAGGCAUUCAGUUAAAGGGCAUAAAACGUGGUUUGCAAAAAAGUACUUUUAAAUAUUUAUUCAAAAAGCAUCAGAAUAUCAUUGACUUCACAAAAUACAUUGAGAGCCUUUUUUCAUUCAUUGCUUUGAUGCAAAUGGUGUGCAACACGAUUAGUAUUUGUUGUAUAGGCUUCAUGAUGAUGAUAUCAUUCGAUAGCAAUGACAACGUAAGAAUGAUGAUAAAAAUACUUUUCUUUUAUCUCUGCAUUGCGAUGGAGGCGUUCAUCUUUUGCUACUCAGGAGAGUACCUUAGCAAUAAGAGUACAUCGAUUCAUAUUGCGGCAUACAACUCACUAUGGUAUCUUCUGAAACCUGAUGAUGGUCGCAUAAUCAUACUUUUAAUAGCAAGAUCCCAAAAAAAGUCAACAAUUACCGCUGGAAACGUAAUAGACUUGUCACUAGAACGCUUUACCGGCAUCAUGAAAGCGUCCGGGUCUUACAUGUCUGUACUUCUUGCGAUGUCUUGA